AUGUCGUUUAAACCCAUGAUCUUGCACCAAUUCGGUUCCGUCUACAAUUUGAUCAUUCGGCCCGAUUCAACCCAAUUUUUAGAGAAAGAGCUUGGUGAAAUCGUUCAAAAGAAUGUCCAGGUGGACAUACCCGCGUUAAUUAAGCAGAUAGCAAAGGAAUAUGCAAAAAAUAAUGAGCACAGUAGCUUUGUGGAGCUGGAUAAAUUAAAAACCGUCUAUCAUAAUUUACCGUACAUGAAAAAAGAGGCGCCUGUGUCGGGGAAAGAUGAUUCAACGAUUGAUGAAGCUGACCCCUAUAAAUAUUUUCAUGUGAUAAAUGCUUUCGAUAUGCCCAAUUGGAAAAUCGAGAAGGAAACAAGGGCGUUUAUAAGGAAUACCAAUCCACCUAAGAUUCUUGGCUCUCCAAAAGAAUCGGUCCAUGUCGAAAGAUUCGAUUUGAUUUAUCAAAGACUAGUACGGAGACCAAGAUCUUGGAAAAGGGCCACGAGUUUCAAGAGGGUCGAGAGCAAGCUACCUACGAUAAAAGAUCUACGUGGGAGAACGGGUCAAAGUUUUACCGUCUUUGGUAUGUUGACUUCUCUAGCGGAUGGAACAUAUUAUCUCGAAGAUAAAGAUGGAUGCAUGAAGUUGGAUUUAUCGGAAUGUGAAUUUGAAGGAUUUCAUGCUGAGGGUAACUUUGUCCUGAUUAAAGGUCAAUACUGCGAUGGUCAAACGUUUAAGGUAUUGAAGAUGGAAAAUCCACCGUUAGAAUGUGCUGAGGACACAAGGAAAGAGCUGGGACGUAUCGAUUUUUUGGGAGCUCCAAUAAUCUUUGAGGAUGAGGUGAUUAAGAAAUGCGAAGUAAAAUGGGAUCAUUUGUUUUUCGCUGUACUUUCUGACGUUUGGUUAGAUGAAUAUAAGACGUUAGCUAAUUUAAGGGAAAUGUUUCGGAUUUAUGCAAGUGUAAAUAUAUUUCCCUUUGCUUUUAUCUUUCUUGGAAAUUUUCUAUCCGAACCAUUCUUAUACACGGAGGAACAUUCUACAAAAUAUAAAGUGGCCUUUGAUAAGUUAGGCAGCCUUAUUGCCGAGUUUCCUUCUAUAGCAAAGUCAUCUUAUUUUAUCUUUGUGCCGGGCAGUGAUGAUUUUAUUUUAAGUGGGCCAUUGCCACAAAGACAUAUCUCCGAUUUGUACACCUCUCGAAUUAAAUAUUGUAGUCAGGAACUUGUGAUUUUUAGAGAAGAUAUCAUUUACAAAUUCAAAAGGAAUUGUAUAAAGGUUCCAAAAUGUCAGAACACGCAGGAUAGCCUGGAAAAACAGGUGGUAAGGACUUUAUUACACCAAUCACACUUGUGCCCCUUUCUGCUAUCUGCGAGGCCUAUUGUACGGGAUUAUGACCAUUCCCUCAGAUUAUACCCUGUUCCAGAUGUUUUGAUAUUGGCAGAUAAAUAUCCAAAUUACUCUUUUGACAUCGUAACUACAUCACACCCUGAUAAUCAGAAUACGGAUUCCACAAACAUAAAUAAGUGUCACUGUUUAAAUCCGAGUGGAUUUUCUUCAAAUGGAUAUAAAUGGAUGGUUUAUUAUCCAGCGUCGAAAAAAUCAGAACUUUGGUAA